AUGGGUCAUGGUUUCGGACAACUUUAUAAACUGAGAGGAAUUGUCAUGUACAGAAUAUCACAUUUUGAACAGAAAUUGUUUACGGGUAUCAUAUCACAUGGAUUUCCCAACACAAUAAGAAGAAUUGCAGAAAACUUCCCAUAUAUUGCCCCACCUGUUGCUCUGUGCUACCUUAGUUAUGAUCAAUUAGAAAAAGAACAUCACCGAUUGAUGCUGAAGAAUCCUGCUGAUUUCGAAAAUGAUCAAUAA